GUAUCGCUCUCGCCAAAGCCAUCAACGGCGAGGUCAUCUCGGUGGACAGUCUCCAGAUUUACCAAUGUGGAGGCAUCAUAACGGCCCAGCCUACCACGAAGGAGAUGGAUGGUGUCAAGCACCAUCUGAUAGACUACUUGCAGCCCGACCAGGAACCGACCACCUUUGUUGACAAUGCUAUCUCAAGCAUCAAGCAAAUACACGACGACGGCAAGACUCCUCUGCUAGUCGGUGGAUCCAUCUCGUUGACCGAGCCACUCCUCUCGCACCCGUUCGUCCAGCAAUGCGAUCUGUCAGUCAUCUUCCUCGACUCCAAGCUGUCACACCUGAAGCCCCGGCUCGAAAAACGGGUAGACGAAAUGAUCGACGAAGGCCUCAUCGAAGAAGUACGCCUGCUUUACGAACUCGAGCAAAGACUGUUGGGUUGUCCAGACUUCUCCAAGGGCAUCUGGAAGGCUAUCGGAUACCCGGAACUGCGCCCAGCCGUCGAGAGCUGGAACGAAGGCAGGAAGAACCAACAACACUUGGACGAGGGAAUUGCGGAGAUGAAGAAGCGGACGGUCUCGUAUGCUGAGGAACAGCUCAACCGGAUACGCGGCAAACUUAUACCGGGGGUACACCAGUGGGCCAACAACUACAUGGUCCUUGUUGUACAAGACGCCACAACAUUUGAGGAACGCGUUGUCAAGCCUUCCAUCUCAGCGUGUCGUGGUUGGCUCUCGGAAGAGAUUCGCCAGCGCAUGAUGGAGUCGACUUACCUUGCUAGGCCGAACGUGCCACAGAGGAUGGACAGCUUCUCUAGGCAGACGGUGAAGCUGGCUGAGAAUUAGCGCACGGUGGAUGGGAAGAUGGAUCUUUCUUG